UUGCCUGGCAACCAGGCAGCAGAGUCCCUUGAGCUUAGCCAGACCACACAGCUGGGCCCAGUACUAGCUGCCUUCUCUCUGACUAGGGGACCCCUGGGGCCCUGUCCUUAUCCUCCCCAAGAUCCUGGCAGCAGGUGCCUCUCUCUGUCCACAAUGAACGUCGUCCUCUCCAGGUGAGCAGCCUGCGCUGCUGGGAGGGGUAUGCAGGUGGGAUCCUCACGUUCUGCCACAUCGGGGAGGAGGGCAGGGACAGCCAGGUGAGGGCCAUGGAGAACACGGUGACAAAUGCUGAGAGGUAUUUCGGUCAGUUCUGCUCACUGCUGGCCUCCUACACACGCAAGACGGCCCGACUUCGUGACAAGGCUGACCAGCUGGUGAAGCAGCUGAUAGACUUUGCCAACACGGAGAACCCUGAGCUGCGGGCCACCAUUCGAGACUUCGCCGAGGACCUUGCCAAAGUGCAGGAUUAUCGGCAGGCAGAGGUUGAGAGGCUGGAGGCCAAGGUCAUCAGCCCCCUGAAGCUCUACGGUGCCCAAAUAAAGCAGACCCGGGCAGAUAUCAAGAAAUGUAAACGUGUCCAAAAUAACGAGAUUAAACAACUGGAAAAGCUGGAGAAACUGAGGCAGAAGUCACCCUCAGAUCGACAAAUGAUCUCCCAGGCGGAGACCAGUGCACAGAGGGCCUCAGUGGACACCAACCGUUCUACCCUCCACCUAGUGGAGACCGUGGAUGCCUUCCAGGAACAGAAACUGAAGGACCUCCGGAGAAUCUUCUCUGACUUUGUGACCAUCGAGAUGGUUUUCCACGCAAAGGCGGUGGAGGUGUAUUCCAGCGCUUUCCAGACCUUGGAGAACUAUGACCUGGAGAGAGACCUGCAGGUGGGUCUCACCUCGGACUUCAGAGCCAAGACGCGUGGAAUUUACGGGCAUGGUGAAGCUCGGCCGCUCACAGACACCAACCCCGCUCCAUCUGUCCCCUGGCCUCUGGCCAGCCAGAGUGCUCAGAGUACCAUGGCACGCCAGGGGAAGGAGGCUGGAGGUGAAGAGGACAGUGAGACUGAUUCCGUGGAGGAGAUCCCCCUGGAGGACCUCAAGGGACAACAGCAAGGACCCCGAGACUAGGAAGAGGAUUUCAGUGGCAGGAGGAAGGCAUAGGCUGGCCUGGACCUUGGUGCAUUCUGCUUGUGUUCUCAGGGUCAGGGAUUCCCUGGGGUCUCGCUUUCUUUAUUGGCACAGUAGGCCGCUCUACCGGCCUAUACUCCCUGUGUCAGUAAAAGAUACGUGAAUCUCAACUGCA